UUUCUCUGUUUCAAAUUCGUUUGCAAACCUUGAUUUCAAGCUUCUUGUUUCUUUAUUACUUUGCAGGGCUAUUUCUCCUUUUCUUCAUUACGUGCGAUAUACACAUACUUGGUCUCCUAGAAUUCUCCAUGCUCAUAAUAGAGAUAAAACUAAAUACUGGAAGGUGUAAGUUUAGUCCAUAGAAGGUGUAAGUUUGAGUCUGCAAUCAGAUGGAUUCAUUGUCGUAUGCCGAACUAAAUACUUUAAGCCUAUUCCAAUGGUUCCAUCAGUUAAACUUCUAUUUGUGUUCCUUCUCCUUUGAGUUCUCUGCUAAUUCUGCAUGCCAAAUUGCUCUAAUUGUGAUAACCUCUUGCUGUUUUGUAGCCAAAAACAAAAAAGAAUCCGUCUUCUUUUUCACCCAAAGGAACAGACGAUGUGGUCUAAAAUAUUGGCGCAAGCGCAAGGUAGGUGCGAAAUCUUGGAAGUAUUCCGAUCAACCAUUUGUGGAUGUUACCACCCAAAUGCCAGCAACAGACAUUAGACAUAGCGGCCGGGAGAUAAUUGGCUUGAGAAGAACCCUCAUCUAUUUUAAUGGGGAGGAGAAAACCAACUGGAGAAUGCAUGAAUACAUCAUCCCUCUGGGGCCCAUGUUGGACAGUUUGGCUCAUCUUAAGUCGGAUACAUGGGUAUUGUGUAAAACAUUCUGCGAUGUCGAAGAAUCAGAUGACCCUGAAGAUGAACAAUCAUAUGAGGAAGAAUCAGAAAACUCUGAAGAUGAGCUACCACACAACGAAGAACCAAAUCUCUCGGUAGAAUCAGCUGAACAUCCUCCUCCAGUCCUGAACUUGCCUGAUGUCCAUCAUAGAAUCCAUUGGCCUGCAGGGAUAACAUCUUCUCAAGAUCCAGUGGCAGAUAUGGUAGUGGUAGAAGCAUUUGAUCCUGGCCUCAUUCCCUGCUGGCACUCGAACAUCUUUGCAGGCUUUCUACGGAGAGGGGCUAUCACAUUGCUGCAGAUGGUGGAACCAGGCUUUUGGCGAGCUUAUCCUGUCUCUCCUCAUUUGCUUGCAUCACCAGCCAACACAUCUGACUUGCCUGACUGCCCUCACGCACCACCGCCGUCCCUAGGGAGCGUGGGUAGUUGCAAUCAUGACCACUUGCGAGCUCCAGAUCGGUCCAUCUAGUGCAUGGGAGCAACCAAGGAUUCAGGCUUUGGCAAUCUCAAUAAUCUUCAGCAUGAGGAAUUGUUGAAGGCUGAAUUAGAGUCUUUCAGAGUUCUUCCUAGGACAGGAACAGAGGUGAUUGUUUUUGGCUGCCCGUUAUCUGGCUUGAACUGUGGGCAUGUCAUGAUCUUUCAGUUGAUUGUGUCUCUGACUAAAAAGUGCAGUGAUUCAGUGGAUAUUUGAUUUGCUUGCUUGCUAUAAUCAUGAGUGCAUUUGCAAUGCUAAAAUGUGGAAUGGAGCGAACCUUGAGCUUGGCUCUGUUAAUUUUGAGCUGAAUUCCAGCUACCGGCAAGGGCCCCUCUUCGCUGUAAGAUAGCAAUCUAAAAGCUGAAUUGGUUUUUGCUGCUAACAGCUAGCUUAGAACUUAGUAAUUACCAACUCAAAUACGAUUGAUGUGUUGCUGAGCUGAGUGAAUUCUUCUUGGUCUGUAAUAAUCUUGUACAUCUUAAUCCUUUUGUGGUUCUCUUCCACUUGAUUACAAUGAAAUGAGCAUAUACUUUCGCUUUUCGUGUGAGGAUGGUG